CAUCGAAAAUUGACAACGCAAUGUUUCAUUGGUUGGCGCAUUCAGAAAUUUGGUAUAAAUAAUGUAUUUUACCAAUUCAGGAGGCAGUCAAGGUGUGAACUUAAGGACGCAUCAUGGCAGUAAUCUUCGCUGUUAUAGCAAUUUGCUUAGUGCAAAGCAGUGUUGCGGACGAACUAUGUAAAACAGGAACGAUGUGGCCUCACCCAACGAAUCCAAUAUAUUAUUACAAAUGCUUAGCUCCAGGUGUUGAAGUUCAAUUGAAAUGUCCACCAGGGGAAUAUUUCGCUAAUGACCAAGAAAAAUGUAUGGUUGGAACCCCACCGGUUACUCCGCCUGUAAUAACUACCGAGAAACCGUCUUCCGGAGAAAGUGGAGAAUCUGGGCAGAUCGAUCCAAAUGCAUCCGGGUCUGACGAAGAAAGCAAAGAGAAACCAGGAAGUAAUGAAUCAGGUGAAGGGGAACCUGAGUCAGGUGACUCAAGUGAAGAAAAAUCUGAGGGGUCAGGAAGUGGUGAAACAGGUGGAGAAGGAUCUGAGCCAGGUAAAUCUAGUGAAGAAAAACCUGGGGAGUCAGGAAGUAGUGAACAAGGUGGAGAAGGAACUGCGCCGGGUGAAUCAAGUGAAGAAAAACCUGGGCCAUCAGGUAGUGGCGAAACAGGUGGAGGAGGUGGUAUCCCUACAGAGCCACCUAGACCACCAACUGACGAAUCGGGAAAUGGAUCAGGCAGUGGAUCAGGAGGCGAAGGAGGUGGUAUCCCUACGGAACCACCAAAACCACCAAUUGACGAUUGACCCUUAAUUAAAUCCUAACAAGGACUCCUUUAUUACUUUUAAAAAUUGAUAUGAUUUACUUUAUCACAAUCAUCAAUAAAUUUCUCGAAAAUCAUUGAA